AAGAAGAAGAAGCAGCAAAUCGGUGUUAUGUGCUGUAUCUUCAGUUCUGUUGCAAGAAAUUAUUAGUAAGGGGGGCGGGUGUUUUUAGUAUAAAAAUCAAUUGCCAAAAUUUUGUAUCAUCACACAGUGCAGUGGUUUUAUAUUGGUAACAAGAUGAAUCAAUUUGUACUCGUAGCAGCUCUUUUUGGCUUCGUCGCCUGCGGCAGGUUAGAUAGCACCCAAUAUCUUCCACCUAACCAAAAGUACAACCAAGGAGGACAAAAUGCAGGAGGACAAUAUCAAGGGUCUGCUGCUGCUGGACCUGCUGGUGGCUACUCAGGAGCAAACCAGUACCAGUCUGCCGGUGGCAAGAGUUUUGAAAGAGGACCCAAUGCUGACAUUCCAAUUUUGAGGUUGGACCAACAGAACGAGGGUGAUGGUAACUUCCAGUAUGCUUUUGAAACCGGUAAUGGUAUUCAGGCAACACAGCAAGGAAAUGCUCAAGAAGGAGCUGGCACUCAAUCGCAGGGAUCUUACUCCUACACCUCUCCCGAAGGUGAACAGAUCCAGAUCAACUACAGUGCCGGUGAAGGAGGUUUCCAAGCUCAAGGAUCUCACAUUCCCACCGCUCCACCAGUACCUGCGGAAAUCGCUAAAGCCAUCGAACAAAACUUGGCUGAUGAAGCCAGGGGAAUCGUAGAUGAUGGACAGUACAAACCUGAGUACCAAAACGAAGGAAACUACCAAGGUGGAAUCCAACAGAAGAAUCAAUACCAAGGAGGUGCUGCUCAAAGUAACCAAUACAUUCCACCCAAUGCCGCUGGUAAUGCCGGAUACAAAUACUAGAUUGUUUAAAAUAAUAGACUCUGUAUAUAUAUUUUAGAUCUAAGUGAUAAUAAAAUGUGAUAUUAAAAAAAGGUCUUGUUUUUCAA